AAACCGGAACUUGUUGGAGUGAGACGUCUGUAGAAAAAAAUGCUGUCAAACUAUCUGUGGUGCCAGCUGUAAAAAGGAGCGCAUCGUUUGCUUCUCACUGCGAGUUUCAAGUUUAAAUUAUUAUUAACCAGUUCUGUUCUUGAAGGGAAAUGGAAGACGACGUAUUAACUACGCUGAAAAUAUUGAUAAUAGGCGAAAGUGGCGUAGGGAAGUCCAGCCUCCUCUUAAGAUUCACAGAUGACACUUUUGACCCUGAACAAUCAGCCACAAUAGGUGUCGACUUCAAAGUGAAGACCAUAUCUGUGGACGGCAACAAAGCAAAGUUAGCUAUUUGGGAUACCGCCGGACAGGAGCGCUUUAGGACCCUAACGCCAAGUUACUACCGCGGUGCUCAGGGAGUCAUCCUGGUUUAUGAUGUCGCACGACGUGAAACCUUCACCAAGCUGGACAACUGGCUGAAUGAGCUGGAGACAUACUGUACGAGGAACGACCUUGUUAAAAUGCUUGUUGGGAACAAGAUUGAUAAGGAAAAGCACGAGGUGGAUCGAGCGGAGGGGCUGAAGUUUGCAAGGAAGCAUUCCACGCUUUUCAUAGAGGCAAGUGCGAAGACGAAGGACGGGGUUCAGUGUGCGUUUGAGGAGCUGGUGGAGAAGAUCAUCCAGACUCCUGGUUUAUGGCAGAGCGAGAACCACGGCAGAGCCGUUCAGCUCACAGACGAAGAUGCUGGAGGCGGGUCCUGUGGUGGCUACUGCUCCCUGAUCUAGAAAACACACACACACACCUGCAUACAACACACUCAAACACAAGCACACACACACACCAAAAAGAAGAAGCUCCUCCUCUCAGUGCUCCGAAAGCUCUGGGGUCUUUUUGUUUUGAGGAAUUCAUCUGAAGGUUUUAACCUUUCUUAAAAGUAUUAACUGUUCUUAUUUCAUACCAGUAUCUUCUAUCAAGUGUCUAUUCCUGUCUGUAAAAUAUGUUAAUGAGAGCAGAAACACUUUAAACGAAUAUUUUUGUUUUUGGAGCACCUUGCUGAGAAGAUCCUUCCGUGUCUUUCCCAUCAUUCCUCAACGUUCCUUUGCUUAUGGAAAAGCCAGUGGAGCAGAGCUUCUAGUCCAUGUCUCUGCUGUCCACACAGAAGACUUUUUCUUUUAGUGUCUUCAUGUCAGCUGGUACCAGCAGGUCUCCCACUGGGUGACAAGAAAAGAGGAUUUUCUUUUGUUUAUUUUUUUAAUAAUGAUUAUUUUUUUAGUAAUACAUUGUUUUAAUAGAGUGUUACUGAGAUAAAACCAGAAACUUCACUAGCCUGCUUCUGUAGACCCGUCUCAUCAGACAAAGGAAAAGUGUUCAAUAUUAAACAGGCCACUGAGUCGGAGGGUCUUUCCAAACGGUUUGGAAAAUCAAAGUAAGCUUUGUGCUCCUCGUUGCUGAUGGAUUUCACAGCGUUCCCGUCUCCCGGUUCGAGUAUCUGAGAGAUGUUCUGUACCCAGACCUCUGACCCGCGUUGUAGUACUCGGCUUUGAUCUGCAGGCAUGCAUGUCCCACCACAUGUAACAGUUUUAAAUCUGUUUUUAUUUGCAUGGUUGAUGUGUCCGUCUGCACUCAGCAGUCGUAAACUAUAACAGUAAAGCACCGUGACAUCUCGAUUUUAAUAAUAAUCAGGCUUUUAUGCGCUUAUUGAGCUGGGGUGUUUUGUUUUUGUUUGUUUUGUGGUGGAGGGUUAUUGAAACUUGUAAAUUGUGUAUUUUAGGACUUUAAAGGAUGAUUCUUGUAUGAUUUACCUGUAUGAAUGUAUACAUGAGUCACUACAGACCGCUCCGUGUAUUAAACUAAAUAAAGUGCUUUUUUAAAAGA